AAAAUCAACAGAUGUCACUAUUUUGAAGGGGAGGAGGAGAGGAAGGGAUUUAUUCUAACCCACUACAAAAAUUUCCAUUCAUCGUCUCCUCGAUUAUUUUUAAUCAAACAGAGGUCGUGUUUUUUAAAAUUGUUAUUGUUGAGGUCGGCACAAAUAUAAUAAAAAUACAUUUCUUGUUUCCUUCUUUAAAACAAACCGUUUCAUUGGUUCUUUUAAAAGAAAAUUUAAAGUGAAUUGAAAUAUAUAAUAUUAAUAUAUAAUAUAAUGACGGAAAUAAAAUUACUAGACGGAAGUGAAUCCUAUCAGUUAUCAAAACAUGUUGGUGAAAAAAUUGACGGUGAUCCACUGUGGACCGCAAGAUUUUUGGCAACAAAUCCUGAUGCUGUUUUAGCGAUGCAUUUAGAUUUUCUACGUGCAGGAAGUAAUAUUAUUUGCACCAAUACUUAUCAAGCCUCUGUUCCCGGCUUUGUAAAAUAUCUCAAUGUCACCGAAGAAGAGGGUAUUAAUUUAAUUAAAAGUGCUGUUAAACUUGCACGAAAGGCAAUUGAUAUUUAUAAAGAGGAAACUAAAUGCACUGACGUACAGAAUAAAAAUCCACUGAUUGCCGGUGCCUGUGGACCAUAUGGAGCGGCUCAACACGACAGUUCCGAGUACACAGGCUCUUAUGGAAAAAUAAUUCCCCAAUCGACCCUAAUGGAUUUCCAUCGAAUUCGAAUAAAGGCCCUAAUUGACGCCGGUGUCGAUCUCCUAGCACUGGAAACAAUUCCCUGCUACGAGGAAGCAGAAGCUCUCGUUGAACUACUCAAAGAAUUUCCCACUGCAAAAGUCUGGCUCUCGUUUUCGUGUCGCGAGGACGCUAAAAAUUUAGCCGAUGGUUCGAAUUUUCAGGAAUCGGCUCUUCGAUGUUACAAAAAUGCCCAACCCGGUCAAAUAGUCGCAAUUGGGGUUAAUUGUCUACCACCGAAAAUUGUCUCCACAUUACUCAAGGGCAUUAACAAUGGUGAUAGAGAUUUUAUUCCACUAGUUGUUUACGCGAAUAGUGGUGAAAAAUAUUUUCCCGACGAGGGUUGGAAAAUUGUCGAGGACUCACCGUCGUCCGAGUAUUUCGUUAAGGAAUGGAUUGAUCUUGGUGUACGUUACAUUGGUGGAUGCUGUCGCACUGAUGUAUCAAAUCUCGAGAAAAUUUCCAUUGAGAUAAAAAAAUGGAAAGCUGAGAAUAUAAAAUAAACGUUUAAGAUUCUAUUUCUUUUUAACACAAUUUUUACAAGAAAAUUUUUAUCGAGUCGCCAAUCUAUGACUUGUUGGUAAUGUAGAUAAUUUAAGCGCGGGAAAUUUAAAUUUAACAAUGAAAUUUUUAAUAUUAAAGACCUCGAAUCAAAUAAUCUUUAUUCGCACGUUUCAAACACAAAACAGGAUAAAAAUAAAAACUCUAUCAAGUGAAAA